AGAAUACGUAUCGGCAAAUCCUUCCAUAAAAAAUCGGUAAUGCGAUUGCGAACUCUUUACAAACAAACCUCCCGAUGUAAUUAGACGUUAGAAAAAGUAAAAACACCAUAAAUGGUUGCGAACGAUAAGAAAUUGUUGCUUAUCCAUUUUAAUGUUUAAACAUUUGGUAAAUUCCAGAACAAUGCAACGUAAUGCCGCAUUUUUAACCAUUUUGUGCAUAUUUUUGUGUUUAACUUUCAACUACACCUUCCCGCUGCACAGAGAGGGUUCCUCCAAUGUGUUCAGAGAUGUAUAUGGUAAUCAUUCCAAAAUAUGCACCAGAAGCGAUCAUCACGACAAUAUGUUAGACAGAACUAAAAAGAUGGGCAACAAAUUAGACAAUGUAUUCAAAAGAUUCAAAGACUCGACACAAGAUUUGUCAAGAAAUAUUCAAGCACGUCUCACCAAUGUGAAAAACUCUUUAAGUGAAGAAGAUCUACGACAAUAUGAACAACUUGUGAUUAUGAAAAAGUACCCCUAUCUAGAUCUUAAAGAAAUAGAAUUCAAAUUCAAUAGUCCACCCGAGAAAACGGCCAGGCAAAGUGUAAAAUACGAUGCAGGAAGAAACAACGUUGGCGACCCCAGUUUUUGUGAACCUUUAGAUGAAUCACCAAGUGUAGAAAUAAUAAACAGGGGUCUCACUGGAUUUGCAAUACCAGCAAAAAUUGUAAAAAAUACUAAGUUAUUGGAGGCUAAGUUAAAAUUUAACAAUAUGAAGGCUUUUGAGGACAGUACAAAUAAGCAAAAUGCUAAAUUAGCGUUUUCUGCAAAUUCUGCAACACAUUCCAACACACAGGAUCGACUUCGUGGUGAUUCUGGGUUUUACGAAACCUAAUGUUUAAAAUAAACUCAAAUCAUUUACUAACUAAUAAUUCCCUUGUUUCAAUUUAUAUGAUAGGUAGCCAACGACCCUAUUCACAUAAUUUACAUAGUUAAGUUAUUAGCAUUGCCCAUGGAUAUCUGCAACACUUGAGAG